GUACUUAGGGAUAGUGUUUGCAAUUUGCGAGCGCGUUGUCUGACUUUAGCCGACAUGGUGUAAUAAAAAAAAUUAUAAUAAAGAAUUAAUCGACUAAAUAUUUAUCUGUAUAGUUUCAAUUAGAAACAAUGCCUCGUUACGCUCAACUGGUGAUGGGCCCGGCGGGAAGUGGAAAGAGUACCUACUGCUCUACACUGAUUGAGCAUGCAGAAGCCAUAAACCGCUCUGUACAGGUGGUCAACCUAGACCCAGCUGCUGAACACUUUAAUUACCCGGUCAUGGCAGAUAUCCGGGAGCUGAUCAUGGUGGAUGAUGUGAUGGAGGAUGAGUCGCUGAAGUUUGGCCCAAAUGGAGGGCUUGUCUUCUGCAUGGAGUACUUUGCCAACAAUUUUGACUGGCUGGAGGAAAGCCUGGGCCACGUGGAGGAUGACUACAUACUGUUUGACUGUCCUGGUCAAAUCGAGCUGUACACACACCUCCCUGUGAUGAGACAACUGGUUGAACAGCUCCAGCAGUGGGAGUUCCGUGUUUGUGGUGUCUUCUUGGUGGACUCACAGUUCAUGGUGGAGACCUUCAAGUUUAUCUCUGGUAUAAUGGCUGCAUUGAGUGCCAUGGUGGCUUUGGAGAUUCCAACGGUCAACAUCAUGACCAAAAUGGACCUGUUGAGUCCCAAGGCCAAGAAAGAAAUUGAGAAAUACCUGGACCCAGACAUGUACUCAAUGAUGGAGGACAAUUCUGUCUCCAUUAGAAGCAAGAAGUUCAAGAAGCUGACCAAAGCCAUCUGUGGUUUGAUUGAUGAUUACAGCAUGGUGAGGUUCCUGCCUUUUGACCGCACAGACGAAGAAGGCAUCAACAUAGUGCUUCAGCACAUUGACUUCUCCAUACAAUACGGAGAAGACUUGGAGUUCAAGGAACCAAAGGAGCCAGAUGAGGAGCCGGACAACACAAAUUAUGAUGAUUUCUUCAGGGACAAAGUAGAGAACUGACACAUUAUGUAGGCCCUCAUGAAAGCACUAAGAAGAAGCUAAUUCUCAAACUUUUAAACAUUUUAUGGUCAGAGGGUAAACAUUCAGUGCAGACUUCAAGAACCAAGCGUUAUUAUUUAUUCCUAGACUACUUAUGUUUUCUUUUCUGUUUACAAUUUUGUGAUUAAGUGUGUAGUGCAUUGUCAUCCAGAUUUUGGCUUCUCAAUUUUACUCAUUCAUGCCCUCAUUCCGGAGGGGUGGAAUAGAUUCUAUAAUCAUAAAUUCAAAAUUUGUUGUAUAACCUUUGCUCUUUAGUCUUAAUUUAAAGGAAUAGUUCAUUCAAAUUACAAAUUGUCACAUUAUCUGUAUGCAGAAUAUUACAUUAAUC